UUGCAGAGGUAGAAAAACAACCGCAGUGUCGCCUGCCUGUCCGUCAGUGAGCAUGAAAAAUAAACUUUUUUUUGUUUCUUUCUGAUAAUUAAUUCUCUCAACAAAAAGCCACGAGGGUUUUACGAUCAGGGUCACUCUUUCUAGACCAUGCCCCACGACCCCGACCCUCCUCCGGCUAAAAAAUUCAAGCCGGGGUCUGUUUUUUUCCGCCUGGAUAAGAAUAAACCUGGAAUGCUGCUGCCGAGAAAGGGAAAUGUAAGCACUUCAAUAGACGUCCAGAGGAAACAGCUUCCCAUCCACCAGGCGAAACCUCAACUACUGAACCAGCUGAGGCAGCUCCACAGCGCUAUUCUCAUAGGGGAGACUGGCUCUGGGAAGACCACCCAGAUUCCACAGUAUCUGUAUGAGGCCGGCAUCGGGCGACAGGGCAUCAUUGCCAUCACUCAGCCACGUCGAGUUGCUGCGAUCUCACUGGCUGGAAGGGUGGCAGAAGAGAAGAGGACUCAGCUUGGCAAACUGGUCGGGUACACAGUGCGUUUUGAAGAUGUCACCUCCUCUGAGACAAAGCUGAAGUUCAUGACAGAUGGCAUGCUGCUACGAGAGGCCAUCGGAGACCCCUUAAUGCUGCGCUAUACUGUGGUGGUCCUGGACGAAGCUCACGAACGCACCGUGCACACCGACGUGCUGUUCGGCGUGGUGAAGACUGCUCAGCGCAGGCGCAGAGAGCUUAAUAAGAUUCCUCUGAAGGUCAUAGUGAUGUCGGCCACCAUGGAUGUGGACUUGUUCUCUGAGUACUUGAACAAGUCUCCUGUGCUGUACCUGGAGGGCAGGCAGCAUCCCAUUCAGAUCUACUACACCAAGCAGCCCCAGUCAGACUAUCUGCAGGCUGCACUUGUCUCCAUUUUCCAGAUCCAUCAGGAGGCACCUCCGUCCCAUGAUAUCUUAGUCUUCAUGACAGGCCAGGAGGAGAUCGAGGCUCUGGCAAGAACGUGCCGGGACAUCGCAAAGCAUCUGCCAGAUGGCUGCGGUCCCAUGGUGGUUAUCCCUUUGUAUGCAUCGCUGCCCCCAUUACAGCAGCUCAGGGUCUUCCAGCCGGCUCCCAAGGGUUGUAGGAAGGUCAUCCUCUCAACCAACAUCGCUGAGACAUCAGUUACAAUCUCUGGGAUCAAAUAUGUCAUAGACACAGGGAUGGUGAAGGCUAAACGUUUCAAUCCUGACAGCGGACUGGAGGUGCUGGCGGUGCAGCGGGUGUCUAAAGCGCAGGCAUGGCAGCGAUCGGGCCGGGCUGGCAGGGAGGACUCCGGCUCCUGCUACCGUCUCUACACUGAGCCAGAAUUCGACAACUUCAUCCCCAUGACUGUGCCUGAGAUCCAGAGAUGUAACUUAGCCGGUGUGAUGCUGCAGCUCAUGGCUCUAGGGAUACCAGAUGUGAUGAAUUUUGAUUUCAUGUCCAAGCCAUCUCCAGAGGCUGUUCGCUCGGCUGUGGAGCAUUUAGAGCUGCUGGGAGCGGUGGAGAGGAAGGAUGGGCAGGUUCUCCUCACUGCUCUGGGAAAGAAGAUGGCGAGCUUCCCUCUGGAGCCAAGAUACGCCAAGACCAUCCUGUUGUCCCCUGACUACUCCUGUUCAGAGGAGAUUUUGAGCAUCGUGUCCCUGCUGUCAGUGGACACCGUGCUGUACAACCCUCCGGCUCGGCGGGAUGAGGUGCUCGCAGCACGCAAGAAGUUCUCCUCCAGCGAAGGGGACCACAUGACCCUCCUCAACAUCUACAGAGCGUUCAAGAAAGUCAGUGGUAAUAAGGAGUGGUGUCGAGAGAACUUUGUCAACAGCAGGAACAUGGGGCUGGUGAAAGAGGUCCAAGCGCAACUUAAAGAAAUCUGCCUUAAGCUGAAUCUGAAGCUGGAGUCAUGCGGGGCAGAAACGGGGAACGUUCGCCGCUGCCUCGCUCACGGGAUGUUCGUCAAUGCCGCAGAGCUACAACACGACGGCAGCUACUUGGCCCUGGACACCCACCAGCCUGUAGCCAUCCACCCCUCCUCCGUCCUUUUCCAGGGCAAGCCAGCAUACGUGGUGUUCAACGAGCUGCUGCACACGUCCCGCUGCUACAUGAGAGACCUCUGUCUGGUGGACGCCGACUGGCUGCUGGACGCCGCGCCAGAGUACUUUGGCCGCAAACUGCACUCCGCCAAGAGCUAACCCAUAGAGAAACAGGACUGAUAGGAUCUCAUAGGAAGAAAAAUUGAAGAGAAUCUUAAUUGAAUUUGGAUUAAGACACUUAUUGAUCUCAUACAAGUGCAAAUCAGAACAGAACAUUUUAUCUCUGGAUUUCACUACCUCCCAGUUGACAAACCUCUGGCAUGUAUCACUGCAGCAGGAAUCUGCAUAUUGAGGCCUCACAACUUUGACUUCCUCCAGACUGUAAUUCCAGUUUUAUAAACUGUGUACUUCUUCUGCCUGAUAGUAUCUCAUUUUGCCAUUCGGCCACUUCUUUAACACCUAAAAAGGAGAUUUUGUUUCUAAAGUGUCAUGCUUCAUGUUCUUUCAACCAUAUGCAUGCAUUUUUAACAGCACAGAUAACCUCACUGGAGCACGGCUCUUUAAAUAAGCAAUGUCUCUGGCUGAUAUGAUUUAUCCUUUCAUUCUUUGUUAAGUCUAAGCAGUCUCUGUAGAGUCAAAGCAUCACCAUGUGUGAAUUUGUGUGUUAAGCACCUACUAAUUAAUCAAUUCAUAAAUCAAAUGUGGGUUAGUUUGAGCAUUCAUUUGAACAGUGUUAACAGUAAAGUUAACAGAUUUAUCACAAAUCUUUAUUUUGCAUCCAACAUAUUAGCUUUACAGAAGCUAAAAAAAGCAUUUUGUUUUAAACUUUCUCUCCUUGUAGUUUUGGCUUUAUACAAAGUGGUCUUAAAAGGUUUUAUAUAUGCAAGGACUUUAGAUUUGUUUCAAUCUAUGAUGUUAUGUAAUCACACAAAAACACAAAAAACACCAAAGUUGAGUUCAAAUGUUUUCACGUGUCACACUGACAUGAUUUGACACUGACAAUUAGUCUGUGUGCAGCAUUUGUCUUGUUCGCAUGUGCAUGACCCUCCCCUUUUUUCACAUCUAUGAUUGUGUCACCAGUUUUCCCCCAAAUACAUGCACGUAAGAAGUAGCAUGCCAGUGUCUAUCUCCAGGUUCUACUCUUUGCUGUCGUAUGUUGCAUAAAUCCUCCAGCCCCUACACAGACUAACAACAGAUGUAUGCAACGCAUGUAGGCGAUAGUUACUGAUCUGAUCACUCAGGUCUUUCACACUUCAUAGAAUGUAAGUCACACCAUGUUGAGGAAUAGAACGGAUGCAUUUCUCGUAUUUUUUUACACUGGACUCAGGAUUGUACAAUAUACAUAACCUGAAUAAAUGACAAACAGUUUCUAACUUUUCAAAAUAUCAAAUUCAUCUGGGUAGAGAUCAGUCAGACUGUUCCAUAGAGGUUGUAUGUUUGGUGAUUAAAUCUCUUCCAGAUCACCAUGCCCACGAUUUCUUUCCAUUCACAAAUAAAAGGUUGACCAUUUAAGAUCUGCAUGUACUGUUCCAACGUUUA